UAGAAAAUGUAUUUCUACCCAUUGUCUUUUUGUUGAGGUGUUUAGUGUGUUGGUUGCUUGGUUAGGACAAAUGGUCGAUCCUGUAGUUAAAACAGGGACAAAACAUCAUGUGCGGGCCAAGCUGGCACAUCUCCCCUGGCUAGCGCGACAACCAUCUCGCUGCCGGUGUCCAGUGUCGGUGUCAACUUCGUCCGAGCACCUGACAUGGACGGCCGCGCGUGACGUACGGCCAGGGGAGAUAAUUGUUCCACGCCUUCUGGUAGUGAUUUCGGGCCACCCUCCUCGGCGGGGUAAAACCCCACAGGAAACGAACACAGUAGGGAGGAGUGAAAAGAACUUUACUUUUCUGGGUGGCGAGGUGGAUAUCGGCCGACAGAAAGUCCGUCGGGAGAAAGGACGUAAAAGACCCACGGGACUCUGAAUUAUACUGAGUUGUGAACUUUAACUGACGAAACUGUGGACACUGGAAUGAUUAGGACAGUGUGAACUUUAAAUGACGAGCAUAUAACAAGUGGAGUCAUCACGCCAGUGCGAACUUUAACUUGUGAAUAUUGGAUGUAUCAGCGACCAGCACCAUAGCGAAAAAGCCAGAAAGCUAAGUGUGAGAUUACCUAUGGAAUGUUUGUGAACUAUCUUCUUGUAAAUAUAUAUGCACUCUGUUAAUUAUAUUCUUAUCAUUAAGUUGGAAACCUUGUUAUUGAAUCUGUUGUAAUAGGUGUGUGGGAGAAUGUUAGAUGACUGAAUGCAAUAGUCAGACAUUGCGCACAGGGCCCACGUAACCGUACGUUACAACUGGCGAGCCUGACGUAGAGUAUUAAUUUAUUAAGUUAAAUUAAUCUGAUGCGAACUGUGGAAUACUUCUGAUAAUUGUUAUAGCAUUGGUAUUUGUGCUAUUUUUUUUUUAAGUUGUGAUACCAUAUAUCUAGACUUUGCUUUGUGUUUAAAUUGGAACCAUGGGUGGCAAUGACAUAGAGUUUCUAGAAAAGGCGCUCGAGGUUAUGCAACAGCUAGAGCGAGAGGGGGAAAGGAGGGGAUAUAGUGGUGACACCCUCGGUAACUUUAUUCUGGAGGGACUUGACGUGUUUGACAGACAAAGACACGAGUCAGAAAGGAAAAAAGUAGAAGCAACGUUAGAAGGGAAAAGGCUAGUGGAAGAAAGAGAAAGACUAGCGUUAGAAAAAACUAAAUUAAAGUUAAGGGGAAUCAUCAAAAAGAGCGAAUUAGAAGACCGGAUAGAAACUGAAAAGGAAAACCUUGGCAGAGACAUUGUGAAUGUGACAUGGAGGCAUUUCGGACGUCACGCAUUCGUUGAAUCUGAAGUGCAGAAACUAGAGCACGCAUCCCAGGAACGCAUUAGAAAGUUGGAGCUAGGAUAUGGGUUAGAGAUUGGAGAGAAACAACAACAAGUCGAAAAGAUGCAAGUAGAGAUAGAGAAAAGGAUAGAGGCGAACAAUCGCCUACUGCAAGAGAUUGAAUCGCAAUAUUACGGGGGACCACCCUUCCCACCAAGUUUUACACCCCAGGAACCAAAAGCCGCAGCAAUCAAGGUUCAAAUGACGGACAAUGAUUCACACGAUGCUGAGAAUUUCAGAACGACUAGCCAGCACACCACAUAUGCCAUAGAGAUAGGGGAUGGUGAAAGCGAAAAGGUUGAUGUUGAGACCGGUUCUGUAGAUGAUGACGGAGAAGAAACGAAAGAGCUGGAUAUCAAAACAGACAGCGAAACCCACCAGCUCCUUGAGAAGAAACCUGUGGUAGAAAGCACCGCAGAGUCCGAGACUCAACAGAAGAAUGAAGAGGUGGAAGUCGAGAAGACACAGUUAACAGUGGAAGAGAAACCACCAGAAAAGAUCUGGAUAAAAAAGAUUCAAGGACAUACUGAUGAUUUUGAACCGGCUCUUCCGCAACCCAGAAAUUCAAUAGAUAAUAAGGAUGAUGAGGACGAAGAGAAUGACGUCACGACAAGCUCGGCAGAUCCUAAUGAAAAAGAAACCAACGAGCUGAACGGCACAACAGAGAGCCAAACCUACCAACACCCUAGAGAGAACCCUGUGGUAGACAGAAUGACAGAGAAGGACGCUCAGACGAAGCAAGAAGCAGAAGGAAACGCUAGGUCGAAGGAAGAGAACAAUGAGCUAACUGCGGAGAAGAAUCAAACUGAAAAAGUUCGAUUAAAAAUGAUUCAAGAAGAGGGUGACUUGAGCCUGGCUAAUAACUUGAACCUGACUAAGUGUGUGGAGAGCGGAUCAGAAUCCAGAAUAGAGAAAAUGAUCCCAAAAAUUGAGAACGGAAUUAAGCAGUUAGGAAAGGCAAUCAAGUCCAAAAUGAAGUUGUACGAAGAGAGCAAGUACUACUCUGCUUGUAGGGAUCGUGCUAAACGGCACCAGUCGAAACUUCUAGCAACGAGAAGAAAGCCAAAGAGAAAACGGCAUCGUAGACAUCGGGCCACGCCGACCACAGUAGACGGGCGGCACACAGUAGACAAAGAGAAAGGAAAGAGAACACGAAAACUGUAUUCUGGCCCCUGGGUCACAGUAGACGGGCCUGACAUAGAGGUUGCCCGUGGUAACAAGAACAAACAGACAAAGACAAGACGGAGAAAACUGCACUAUAGACAGCUGGUUACCUCCACCAUAGUAUAUGGGUUACAGACAACUAGCAUGUAACGAGGUAGAUUAUCAGGUUUUGACCACUUUUGUUGUUGACUGUAUUAUGACUAUGAUGAUGAUUGCGAUGAUGACUUUGAUGGAUGAUUAUAGCUAUAGUAAGUACAGGAGUGUACUAACGACGAUUUUUUUCUCCUCUUCUAUGAUAAUAAUGAAGAUGAUGAUUGCUGUAUGGUCAACGAUGACGAUGAGGAGGAGGAUUGCACUAACAAUGAAUUUGUAUUAUGAUGAUGUUUUAUAACCAGUCUCCGUGCGUAUCAGCUGUUCACAAUCUGCAAUACUGCAGUUGGCCUUUUAUGUAACACGCUAUCAACACUGCUAGCACUGAAAGUUUUUUUUUUUGUGUGAGUGUAUUGUACUCAAUGGAGGGAUUGAUGUAUUUCUGAACCCAGGGCCAGCUAUGUUCAUGUAAAGGUUAUAGUGGCAUGGGAAGGCUAGUCCUAAGAGGAUAGUCUGUGGGGUAGCACAGUAAGGUGUACCUGUAUUAUGUGAUGGGUUCACCGCCGUUUUUCUCCACCAAGCGGAACAUGCGGUACCCAAGGGCGGCAGAGUAAGCGUCUGCGCGCCAGCAGAACCCGAGGGGUUGCUGUACAGCGUCGGGGACAUAGGUCACGACGAGUUUUUUUUGACAGGGGAUGACCACCAACCAAAUGGGGUACCCCUAGUGUAACCGGCUGAAGUGUUAAAAGCCGCAGUGGCUAGGCAGUUGUGUGAGAAAAGUGCAUGUGCUACUGCACGAACCAGAUUGCUGAACACGCUGUGUAAAACGCACACUUUUAUCGAGAGGAGAUGGUUCUAUGUAGAGUAGUCUUUGCAACACGCAAGUUUUUUUGAGGUGUUUUGAGGUGCAUUGGUUUAUGUGGUAAUAGUAACUUUUUUUCUUUUUAUGAAUGUUCAUGGCUGUAAUUGAUUACUGGUUGCUUUAUUCAUUUAACAGAUGCUUAUGUGGUAAUGAUUUUACCAACUGUUUGGAUUUAAUUGAACUAUGCUAAUUCAUUUCACGUCAUGUUAUUAUGUAUGGAUUUGUAUUUUGAAAAAUUGUGCCUUAGCAGGCACAAUUUUUCCCCCGGAGAGAGGAGUGAUGUAGAAAAUGUAUUUCUACCCAUUGUCUUUUUGUUGAGGUGUUUAGUGUGUUGGUUGCUUGGUUAGGACAAAUGGUCGAUCCUGUAGUUAAAACAGGGACAAAACAUCAUGUGCGGGCCAAGCUGGCACAUCUCCCCUGGCUAGCGCGACAACCAUCUCGCUGCCGGUGUCCAGUGUCGGUGUCAACUUCGUCCGAGCACCUGACGUGGACGGCCGCGCGUGACGUACGGCCAGGGGAGAUAAUUGUUCCACGCCUUCUGGUAGUGAUUUCGGGCCACCCUCCUCGGCGGGUAAAACCCCACAGGAAACGAACACAGUAGGGAGGAGUGAAAAGAACUUUACUUUUCUGGGUGGCGAGGUGGAUAUCGGCCGACAGAAAGUCCGUCGGGAGAAAGGACGUAAAAGACCCACGGGACUCUGAAUUAUACUGAGUUGUGAACUUUAACUGACGAAACUGUGGACACUGGAAUGAUUAGGACAGUGUGAACUUUAAAUGACGAGCAUAUAACAAGUGGAGUCAUCACGCCAGUGCGAACUUUAACUUGUGAAUAUUGGAUGUAUCAGCGACCAGCACCAUAGCGAAAAAGCCAGAAAGCUAAGUGUGAGAUUACCUAUGGAAUGUUUGUGAACUAUCUUCUUGUAAAUAUAUAUGCACUCUGUUAAUUAUAUUCUUAUCAUUAAGUUGGAAACCUUGUUAUUGAAUCUGUUGUAAUAGGUGUGUGGGAGAAUGUUAGAUGACUGAAUGCAAUAGUCAGACAUUG